AUUUACAUUUAAACAUGUUCAGCAUAGAGUAAUGUAAUAAAAAAAAUUUCGCAUUUGUGUUUUAAUUAUAAUUCUUCGUUUCUAUUAUUUCAGUUAUAAAGAUGUUUUUAACAUAUAUAACUGACUGCUGCCAAUUUUUUAAAAAAAACUGAUUUUUAACUCCUAUUGUUUGCUGAAAUAAAAAAAAAAAUGACAGUUUUUGAUAAAAAGAAAAUUAGCAUUUUACUUUAGUCAUUUACCAUCUUUUAUUGAAGAAUGUCUGACCCUUCUAGUAGCAGUGGUGGAAAUUAUCCAGUUUUGCAAGAGUAUCCAUUACAGUCGCAUUUAACUCAGUUAAUUCCUGCAAAAGCACAGAAAACAUUAACAACUUAUGAUAUUGAAUUUACUUGCAUAGAUACAGAUGGCCAUUAUAUUGCUGUGGGAUCCAAUAUUGGUAUAGUUUAUUUGUAUGACAGAAUAAAAAAUCACUUAACUAGGUUGAGAAAUGAGAAUAGAGAUCCUAUAACCUGUGUUAAAAUUUUAAUUUCUCUAGAGUGCUUAGUGGUAUUUGGAUGUAAAAGUGGUGCUGUUUUUGUGUUUAAAAUACCAUUUGACUCAGAGCAAGAGCUUGAAAAGUUUACUGUUGAAGGUUUGCAUAGUUCUCCAAUAACAUCAUUGGAAUGGGUUAGAAAUGGAAUUAAAUUUUUUAGUGGUGAUGAAAAUGGAGUUGUGGUUUGCACUGAAAUUGAUCACUUUGAGCACUGCAGUAAAUCUCGCAUUUUGUUGAACGAUCAAAGCAAAAUAGUUCAGCUCAGUUAUAAUCGUUUACAUCUUGUGGUUUCAACUCUUUUUCGAUCUCUUAUAUUUUCAUGUGAAGAUGGAAGAAUAAUUAAAAUUGGUCAAAAGGAAAGAAAAUGUUAUGGACCAUUUGGUGCUCUAAUUUUUCAUUCUAACAAUUCCAAAGAAGAUAUAAUUUUUGCAUCCCGUCCUGGACAAAGACUUUGGAAAUCUGAUAAAACUGGUGUUAUUCAUGAGACUAUGAUAUUUAAAAGUGCUCUUAUUGAACCUCAUCCAGUUAUAAAAUUAUUGGAUGAUGAAAAAGAAAAUCACAAUCUUAAAGAUUUUCAGUUUGGAAAAUUAUUGAAAUUUGACGAGAAGUAUGUUUUAGUUUUAUUAGACUCUGCCAUUGUGCUCAUUGAUCCUGACUUAAAAUCUAUUGUGGCCAGUUCUCCGCUAUUAGAGCCUAUUGUGGAUGUAUCAACAUGCAAUAAUGAAAUAUUUAUUCUGUGUGGUUUACGAAAAGUGGUCAGGAUUUCAUCUAGUCCGGAUCCUUAUCCUUGUGAGGAAAGUUGUGAAGAACCAUCAAUUAUUGAAGACAUUUUAAUACCUCUGAAAGGAUUGUCUGUAUUUGUGAAAGAACGUAGCGAUUCACUAGCUGAUCAGACAGAAACUGCUCUAUUUGGUUGGCUCAAGAAAAAGAGAUCUUCUAGUUCUCCAGAUGUAGUACCUGAUUUCACAAAUCAGAAAGAUAAGGAUUUGCCAGAAGUAGUCAAAUUACCAACAGAGGAUUUGCCAUCCAUUGUUGUUGAUGAUCCCCAUCCAAUACCUCCAGAAUUAGUGCCAAAAAUAGAAAUUAAAAUUUCUCUUGAUGAAAGUGAUGACAUUGUUUAUAAACCAAAAAAGAAGCAAAAGAAGAAAGUUCGCUUUAGGGAUGUGAGUCCCAAAAAGAAAGACAGAGAAGCUCUAGUUUCUGAUUCUAAAGAAACUAACCCUGUUCUUAAUAGUAAAACUGUUAAAAAUGAUGAAAUAACUAAAGUGUCUGAUGCUGCUGUGAAUUCUAAUCCAGAUGUUCUGCCAAAAUCUGAUGAAAUUGAUUCAUCUAUUACCAAAGCUGUUGAGUCUACUAGUCAGUCAGUCAUAUCUGAGAAUGACAUUGAUAGAACUGAUAAAGAAUCUAACAGUAGUAGUUCAGAAACUUCUCCCAAUUCAGAUGUUAAUAUUUCCAGUUCCAUUGAUGAAAGUUUAAAUACUGACAGUUCUGCUGAUGGAAAUUCACAGAAUGAUUGCAUUGAUUCAGUGGAUUCAUGUGUGGACGAAAUUGAUUGUAUUUCACCAAAAGAUUGCAAGAAAGGAGAAUGUGAAUCAAAAAUUGAUGAUAGUAAUUCUGAAAAGGUGGUGGAUCCAGAUGAUAUUUAUUCAUCAUAUGAUGUGCCUGUAAGCUCUCUAGAACCUAAACUGAAUACUCAAUCCUCCAGUGAUUCCCAGUCAACGGAAGAUUCACUAAGAACUUGCCCUGACGACUUUGAACCUCCAAAAUAUGGAGUUGACUGGGUUGAGUAUAAAGCCCCAGAAGUACUUACUGAUCUUAAAAUCAGCAAUGAUCACAUUUUCUGCUGUGAUAUUAAGAAUCAAUUGUACUAUUCAAAUUAUCCAAUUUUGGGCCUGCAGUGGCGAAGGAUUGAUCAACCAGCUGAAAAGAUUGCAGUAUCCCCUUCAGAAAGUAUUUUUUGGGUGCUCUAUAAAGGAGUUAUUUUUGCAGCUAAGCAAAAUAGUAAUAUUAAAUCGAAGGAUGUUGAUUGGAUAUCUGUUGGUAGAGAUGUUAUUUCUAUAGCGGUGGAUGAAGACAGUGGAUGGUAUGUUACAGUUGAUGGGCACCUCACAUUGCAACCAAAUUUGAGAUCUUCUCAACCAUUUGGAUAUCCUGAACCCGUUGAAUUUGAUCAUAAUCCAAUGUUUCUCCAAGUCGCUACAUGGAAUAAAGUCGUUUGGCUUCUAACUGUUAGUGGCAGUCUACAUAGCUUUGAAUAUAAGUCAAAAAGAUCGAAACAUGCUCUUAAAGAAAUUAGAUUGAAUGGAACUCCAGACAUUGAUAGCAUUUUUCUUGGUGUUCAUCAAACAGGGUGGAUAAUUGAUUCCAGUGGCAUUAUUCGAUUCAAAAUUGGCGUUACAUCUGAUAAUCCUGGGGGGAAAGGAAGUCCUUGGGAAGUUGAAGCCAGUAAAUAUUUUGUUAGAAAUGCUGCAAAUCUUCCAAAAGCAGUAUUAAAGGCUCUCAAUAAUGAAGCAUUGAGCAGUUUAAUCAGAGGAAAACAACAUAUUUGUCUUUCAACUUCUUCCUCUGGGGUGUGGUUUUGUAAAACGUUGGAUAAUGUGCUAUUUUCAAAUCAAAAAAGUCUAAUUGGUCAUAAAUGGAAAUCAGUGGUUCCUCCUGGCACUGCAUCUGCUACAAAAUGGAAAUUAUUAUCAGCAGUUGGAAUCGCUUGUGGGCAGGGAACUAUUUGGUGUUUGAAUAAUACAGAGGAACUGUUCUGUUUGUUCUUGUCUACUAAUACAAUGAUAUCAGUGGAGCUUCCACGUGUUCCUGGUAUAAAAAGUCUAAUUCCAACCGCACAAUCUCUGUGGUUGUUGUCAGAAGAUGGGCAGAUAUUUUUUAGAAGAGGCAUAACUCCUAACUGCCUUGAAGGUGUUUGGUGGCAAAAAAUGGAUCUAAGUCAGCUAGGUUCCGAGAGAAUUGUUGAUGUUAGUUGUUCAUUUGAAGUGGCAUGGGCAUGCACAAAUGAAGGUCAUAUUCUUGUUCGACUUGGCUCACUUUGCCCAUCAUCAGACAGAAAGUUACCCCAGGCAUGGAUUCCCUUAAGUUUUGAAGCUGAAGACUCAGUUUCACCUAUUAUGGAAAAGUUGUCUGCCAUUGGAAAGAAGUUCCCUUUACCUUUACCGAUUCAACCAAGUAGUUCUGAAGUUUUCUUUUGUAAGGUGUAUGUGGGACCUUUAGGCCACCCUGUUUGGGCAUUAGAUAACAGAAGCAAUGUUUAUGUCCGUGAAGGAGUUUCUGUCAGUAUGCCUAUUGGUAAGACGUGGACCCUUGUUCCUGAACUACAGGCUAAGUCAUUAUGCAUCAGUAGAAAUGCUGUUUGGUUGCUAAAGAACUCUGGAAAAAUCUUCAGAAGAUUUGGUGUAACAGAGAAAAAUCCUUGUGGUGAUUAUUGGAAACAAAUACCUGGAAACAUGGAUUAUUUAUCUGUUACUGAAGAUGAUGAUCUUUGGGGUCUUAAAGAUGAUGGCAUGUAUCAGCAUUCAUCUUUUGUUCUGAAUUUUGCUUCAAAAAAGAAGGCGAAAGAACCACCUGUUCGUAGCAUUUCUGAAGAAGAUUGGGAAGAUAUAAUGGUUGAUUCAUCCGAUAAUGAAUUGUAAUCAAAUUUAGUAUUCUUAUUUAAAUAAAUUUGGGUAUGAUUGUUAAUUUUAGGCAAUCAAAUUUGAUUAAUACUUAUUUGAAAAUUUGCUUUGGUAAUCUUAAAUAUUUUGAGAUUGUGAAUGUAUUUGCAUCAGAAGAGUACUUAAUAUGAGUAUAUACUUAAUACUUAAUGAGUAUGUACUUAAAUAUGAGUCUGAUUAAUUUCAUUGAUUUUGUAUUGUUGAAUCGAAUUCAGAAAAAAAUAAAUCUGAAAUGUGCAUUUUAAUGUUUAAAAGCCCAAAAAUUAUUUUUCAUAAUGCUCAAAUUAAAUGAGCCAUAUUGCCACAAAAUAUUUUUAAGCUAUUAUUGUUUACCCCAAGCAUUGAAAAUUCAUGUUAAAAUACAAGCAAAUAAAAAGAAAAGCAUGAUUUCAUCAGUUUUGACUUAUAUAAAUUAAAAUCUGAAAUUCCAUAUAGAAACGAUUGUAAACAUAUGUUCACGAUAAAUAGUUUUAAACCUUCUGAUUUGAAAAUUAAAACUUAUUUUGAAGCAUUCAUUUAAAGUUUAUUUUCAAACAUAUUUUUAAAUAAAAAGUUACCAUGAAAAGAUUUUUUUUCAAUUAUGGUAAUUUGUUUUAUUUGUGUAUUAAGUUUUUCAUCUUCAUUUUUUUUCUACUUAAUGUUUUUAUAAAUUUUCAUAUCUAAUAAAUUUGUUUGCUUGCAUUCUUUUCAAUUUUUUGAAAUAUAAUUAAAGAGGUGAUGAAGUUAAAGAUAAAUAAUUUAAUCCCUUAUAAAAGCAAAGAAUUUUUAUGUCAUUGCAUCCUGAUUUGUUUUUGUUUCAUUAGGGAAUCAUUAUUUUUCCUAAAUAUUGCAUAUUUACUAUUUUUGAUACACUCUUAUGUUGGUGAUUUUUUUUCUUUUUUUUUUUUAACAAAUGCAUUUUUUGGGAAGAAAACAAGGAAAGGUUGAACUUUGCUUUAACAUGUGUUGAUGUUACUUUUAUACAGAAUAAAAGAAAGACUUUUUCAUAAAAAAAAUGAUUUAUUAGUUUUAAGUUUAGUAUAAUCAAACAUAAAAAAUAAAAUCUAGGAAGAACAUAGAAAUUCCACAUUAGAAUAGUUAAAAAAUUAUUCUAAGAAUAUAAAUUCUUACUGAAUUAAUAUAAGUGUUUUUUUAUUUAAAAAAAUUCUUGUAAAAUAUCGAAUGAAAAGUAAUAUUUCUGUUGUGUAUUGUAUAACUAAAUAUUAGGGCAGGGAAAUGAGACUGAAUAUUUUGCAAAAAUUUCAUACAACAACUUUUUUUUAAUAAUGAAAAGAAUAAUAUAUUUUUAAUGUACCUGAUAAUUAUUUUUGCAAAAUUCUGAAAUUAUUUCUGCUGCUAAUUAGCCAUUUUAAUCUGAUGUACAUUUGUAAUUGAUGAAGAACUAUUGCUAAUAUGAUCUAAUUAUAAGUAUCAAUUCAGUUUUUUUAUUUUGAUUUCACCAAAAAUUUCAGUCCUCUGAUUUAAAACCAUUUUUAGAAUUGAAAUUUCUACAAUAUUAUUUGUAUAUAUAUAUAAUGUUGUAGAAAGUGAAAAUUGAGUAUUUGUGUAUGAAAUAUUAGACUUUAAGUUUACAGUUUCGUCAUAUAUCUAUCAAGAAAAGCUAUUUAAACAGGUAUUGAAUCAAAUAUUGUACAAACAUUUUUCUUAAUAAAGAAAUCACUUUUUAGUCAUUAAUAAGAAUUUUUUUUAAAUAUUUUUGCGCAAUUAUGUCUGUUUACUUAUUUUUUUAAUGUGUAAUAUAAAUAUCUAAACAAUGUCUCUGCUGAAAAUAUUAUUUUUAUAUUUAUAGAUAUGUAUGCUCUAUUUAUAAGGUUAAAAAUAUAUUCUGUAUCCAAGAAAGUUAUUCUAUCUAGGAGGG